GUCUGGGAACGCUUCCAGACGGGGGAAAACUCCUCCCUGGCACGGGCUGAAGAGCGCCGUGGUGACAAGUGCCCCAUCGAGGGGAGUGCCGGUGGCAAGAGUGAGGGGGAGUGUGUUUGCGUGUGUUAUAAAGGCACUCGUACGGUGCUUGGCAAUUUGAGGAUCUCUGGCAUAUUUUAGACCAUUGGAAUUGAUUAAAACAUUUUAAAGUUGCCCUGCCAUUAUUUCAACCUGGAAAGCGAAGGAACACGCUUAGGAUGCCUAGCAGGCUAUGGCAGGGACUGCCUGUUGUGGCAUCCUGUGUUGGACUGCAUCCUUGCUGCUGGAGAGCAGGCUCUCCCAGAACCAGAAUAAUUCCAUGGGAACCAGGAGCCGCGGGAAGCAGUUGGAGAAAUGUGUGACCGAAGGACGCGAGCAGUUUGUCUGCCCCUUUCAGUGGAACCUUCCACCAAAGGAGGACAGGAGCCUCCAGAAGAACAUGUUUCCAGAUGCAGGCCUGGCCUGCAGGAGGUGCAUUAUACAUGAAGUGCUGACAGUCUGGCAGAAAGCAAAUGAAUAUUUUCUGGGAUGCUUCAUUCAGGGCCAGAGAAGACACUGUAACCUGAAGGUCAAAGAUCAACAAUGAUGGAAGACAUUCAUCCCUACCCUUAAAUAUGGCCUAAAUCAGGAAGAAUUACAGUUUAUUUUCUUUUUACCUUGCUUUUGUAUGGUAUUCUGAUGUAGUGUGUUUCUGUGAAGCUUGAAGGAUGUGUGUCUUGACAGGAUGGGGUGAUAGUUGUUUUAUUGUGCUUCUAAAAGCCUAACUGAAUGUAACAGGGCAUAGGUCUCACAUCUUCACCAGAGUCCAGAAUGGUUGGAGUCUAGAACUGAAUCCUUUCCUGUAUAUUGUAAACUUAUUUAUUUCUUGCAAAAAUACUUGGAUUUAGAGUAUUGCACCACAUAAGUAUUGAAAGAAAUGCUUCCACUGCUACUGCUCUUGCAUUCUUCAAUUGCAGUGAUUAAAACACAGAGGUUUUAUCUCAGUUACUUUAUAUAUAGAUACAGCUCUUUGGCAUUUUUUGCCAUGUUGAAGUAUCUUGGAUAGACUAACAAAAACAAGCACUUCUUCAAUUUUGAUAGUAAUAUCAUAUAUGAAAUUUGUGAGAAUUAUGAGUAUGUAAGUAGCCAAAAAACAAUUUUAUAUAUUCUAGUAUUCUGACCUCAUUAAUACAUUUUAAUGUUUGCAACAAAAUCAUUGAAGUUUUGUGGGUUGGAUAGCUGAUGAUGCAUUAACAAACAGGGAAGAACAAAAACCACUGCAGAGCUGGUAUCUUAAGUCUUAAUUUUGGUAGUCCACAAAAAGAUUUGCUACCAUUUUGAUAUUUCACCAAACACUUCUAAUGUGUUCUAAUCUGUAGUCUCUAUUUUAGAGUUAUGGCUUAGAGAAAACCGAAUCUACCUACAGAAAAUACUAAAAUGAAAUUUUUCCUUUUAAUUAAGAGCAUUAUUUUCCUCAAAGUGUGUCUUUCUACCUCAAUGCUGAUCCAGCUGAGGUAUGAACUGCUGAAUCUCCUAGCUCCAGCAUGUCAGCUCUUCAGUUCACACAGCAGCUACGUGCAGCCUUCCCUGGGAAGCCUGAGACAAGGAUCAUGACAGUCUUCAGGCUGCCAGUACAGAAAAAUCCUGUGGCUGCGCUACAAAGGAUUUCUGUGUUUUGAUUGCCAGGGAAAACACAGAAAGAUUACUUUUCCCCCCAUCUUCUGUGCUAUGAAAAAGCCUGCCACAUGACAGUAAUUACUUCUACUGCUAUCACGUGCUUUACAAGAGGACUUGACCUUAGAAAGGGGACAGAAGAUGUCCUUUGCCCAGCAAACUGUCCUCUGUGGCAAUUCUAUGUCUUUGGGGAUGGAGUUUACGCCUCUCUUUCGAGCGUCUGCGGAGCUGCCAUACACAGCGGGGUGAUUACCAACACAGGAGGAGCUGUAAGGGUGCAGACUCUCCCAGGACAGGAAAACUACCCUGCUGUAAAUGCUAAUGGCAUCCAGUCUCAGGUGCUCUCUAGAUGGGCUUCAUCUUUCUCAGUGACUGCAGGUACCCAGAGCACAGCCCUGGAAGCCGUGGGACGAUCGGUGUCCACAGCGCGUCCUUCCACAGGUAAAAGACCUAAGAAGACUCUUGAUAAAAAGGCUGGAAACAAAGACUGUAAAGCUGAUAUUGCCUUUCUCAUUGAUGGAAGCUACAACAUUGGCCAACGCAGGUUUAACUUGCAGAAAAACUUUGUUGGAAAAGUAGCUGUAAUGUUGGGAAUUGGAACAGAAGGGCCUCAUGUUGGGGUCGUACAGGCCAGUGAACAUCCAAAAAUUGAAUUCUAUCUGAAAAACUUUACUGCUACAAAAGAAGUUUUGUUUGCCAUAAAAGAAUUAGGCUUCAGAGGAGGCAAUUCCAAUACAGGCAAAGCUUUGAAGUACACAGCUCAGAAAUUCUUCUCUUUGGAAAAUGGAGCACGGAAGGGAAUUCCCAAGAUCAUUGUAGUGUUCCUGGAUGGCUGGCCCUCAGAUGAUCUAGAAGAAGCUGGCAUAGUGGCCAGAGAAUUUGGAGUCAAUGUGUUCAUUGUGUCUGUAGCAAAACCCACAACAGAGGAGCUGGGAAUGGUACAAGACAUUGGCUUUGUGGACAAAGCUGUCUGUCGAAACAAUGGCUUCUUCUCUUACCAAAUGCCCACCUGGUUUGGUACUACCAAAUAUGUCAAACCUCUUGUCCAGAAGCUGUGCUCACACGAGCAGAUGUUGUGUAGCAAGACCUGCUACAACUCCGUCAACAUCGGUUUCCUGAUAGACGGCUCCAGCAGCAUCGGAGAGAGCAACUUCCGCCUCGUGCUGGAGUUCGUGAGCAACGUGGCCAAAGCUUUUGAGAUCUCUGACAUCGGCUCCAAGGUGGCGGCUGUGCAGUUCACCUACGACCAGAGGACCGAGUUCGGCUUCACCGACUUUGUCACCAAGGACAAGGUCCUGUCGGCCAUCCGCGGCAUCCACUACAUGAGCGGGGGCACGGCCACCGGCGAUGCCAUCUCCUUCACCACCAGGAACGUGUUUGGGCCAGUGAAAGAUGGGCCUAACAAGAAUUUCCUCGUCGUUCUCACCGAUGGUCAGUCUUAUGAUGAUGUUAGAGGACCUGCUGCAGCUGCACAAAAAGCAGGAAUAACAGUCUUCUCUGUUGGUGUUGCCUGGGCACCUUUGGAUGAUCUGAAAGACAUGGCUUCUGAACCAAGAGAAUCUCAUACCUUCUUCACCAGGGAGUUCACAGGAUUGGAGCAGAUGGUUCCUGAUAUUAUUAGAGGCAUCUGUAAAGACUUUUUGGACUCUAAACAAUAAAAAAAUCUGCAGUUCACUAUUACUAUUUGAAACUAAAAGUCAUGAAAUUGAAAUGGUCCCUCUAAAGUACAGAUGUUUUAUUCUUAUAUACGCUAUCACAAUACAGAGGAAGAUGAAGGGCUACUUUUUAUUUCUGUAAUCAGUCAAAGAUUUCUGUGAGCUUGUACUUGAUCCCAAAGUGCAGGAUUUGGCCAACAGUUAAUAUUUUUGACAUGCAUAUAGCAUCCUGAAGUUCAAAGCUUUGCAUAUUGUGCACUUAAGAAUAGCAGAUACUGAGAGGAAAUAAUACAGCUCUGACAUUUUUUCCUGACACUUGCUAAACACCUUCUUAGGAGUUAAAAAAAUCUUUAAAUAUAAGGUACUACCUUCUAUAAGCUUUCCGUAGCUUACAAUUCUGUAUCUUUGGAAAGAGUUCUGCUGAUAACACAGUACUUUCAGUGCUCCUGAUGUGCAACAUCCAUUAUUGCCAGGCAGCUUGAGAAAAGAUAUGACAGAUUGUAGCUGAAAGAGUCUAUUUUUACUAGUUGGGGUUUUGUUGGAUCUGGUUGGCAAAUUUUAUAUCAAAAGUCGUUUAACUUCUACCCACAGAUUUCUGUGGAUCUAUUUGGUUGGUUCUUUUAGCACAGAAUUUUAAAGGCAUUCAAGGUACAGUAGAGAAUCUGGAUCCUAAUAUAUUAGCUACUACUGCUGCUUUCUGCACCACUGAAGUCAACAGUGAUAUUCCAAAUAAAACUGACAACCGGAUAUUUCCUGUCUGUUGCCUUGUAUUGUCUUGAUUUGACAAAGUUGUUAUUGGCCAGACAGUUAGAGACAGGAAUCUUGGGCCAAGAGAUUAAAUAAGACCACACAGUGGGAACUGAGAACAUUCAAAUUCAAGUCCAGAGGUAUCUCAAACCUUUAAACCUAAUGGAUUUAUAUCAGAUUACAUGGUCAGAAAAGAAGAGAGUAGGCAGACACAUUAAGUUGGAUUUAGUAGUUCAGAGAAUAACAACUUCAUAAUGGUAGUAAAAACACCUUUAUAGAUGCGUGAGGUUUUCUGAAAAUAAAAGAACAGUUUUCUUGGAAAAGGCUUUCAUUUGAUUACAUACCUAGUAAUGUUGAUAUAUUUAUAUGGACACAUAUAUGGCUAAAAUGAUGUGAUAUUCUCUAAGUUAUUCCAGUGUCCUGGUGUGAAUAACAUACUCCAAAUAUUCUGAAUAAAUAAAGGGGGUUUGCAAAUAAAAUGUAUAGUAGAAAACAAAACAGCACUUUUCCUAUCAAUCUGGGGUUUCCCUUUUUUCCUCUCCCCCACUAUUGAUUGUAAAAUUUCUAGUAGUUAUGGAGUGGCACAGAAAGGAUUGUAUUCAUUGGGCUUUUGCUGUGCUUUUUAAUAACUUAUAACUGACUAUAUAUUACUCUAAACAUAAAUGGCAAAGAUUCCUUGUAUUUUUCUAGCAAUUGUUAUCCCUAAUUUUGUUAUGUGUUUAUAGGUAAGAGUAUUAAGCCUUUGCUGUAUAAAUUCAUAUGCUAUAUCAACUUUAUGCAAAAAUUCAAUUAAUUUAGUUUAUAAACUUUUUAUAGAAAUAUAUAUU